CCAGCGUAGGAAACAAAACUUAGUUCCAGGGCAAGGUAUCUCAAGUUCGAGUUACCAGGAGAAACAUGAGAUGGUAGGAAACCAAAACCUGUGACGUUUUAUCAGUAUUACAUUGUAAUUCUCUGGCCUUGGAGAUCGCAAGAAUCUGGCGUUAUCCUGAGGAUGAAGGAGAGCUUCCCCAAGUGACGGGCAGUUUAAAGAAGGGGACUAGUUGUGUAUAGACUGUAUUUAUUUCCUUCAAAUAAUUGGGUUGAAGAUGAACCCCGUGAACCCCUUCACUGGGCAGCAGCCCAGUGCUUUUGCAGUAUCUUCUAGUACCACAGGAACAUAUCAGACUAAGUCACCGUUUAGGUUUGGCCAGCCUUCCCUUUUUGGGCAAAACAACACACUGGGCAAGAGCCUUGGAUUUUCACAGGUCUCAAGCUUUGCAACACCCUCUGGAGUAAGUCAUUCCUCCUCAUUGCCGACAUUUGGAGUCACCCAGACCUCAAGUGCUGGACUGUUUGCUAGUCUUGAAUCCACACCUUCUUUUGCAGCUUCUUCUGGGCCCUCAAGUUCAUCUGUGCCGGGAAAUACAGGAUUUAGUUUUAAAUCACCCUCUACCGUAGGGGUUUUCCCAAGUGGCUCUACUUUUGGCCCAGAAACUGGGGAAGUAGCAAGCUCUGGUUUUAGGAAAACAGAAUUUAAGUUUAAACCUGUGGAAAAUGCAGUGUUCAGACCAAUACUGGGGGCUGAGUCAGAGCCAGAGAAAACCCAGAGCCAAAUUGCGUCUGGAUUUUUCACAUUUCCCCAUCCCGUGAGUAGUGGAUCUGGAGGCCUGACCCCCUUUUCUUUUUCUCAGGUGACAAACAGUUCGGUGACUAGUUCAAAUUUUGUCUUUUCAAAACCAGCUAAUAGUAAUACAACAUCGGUCCUCACCCCUGCUUUGUCUAACCGAAAUGUAGAGGAAGAGAAGAGAGGACCUAAAUCAGUAUUUGGAAGUUCAAACAGUAGCUUUACUACUUUCCCCAUGUCAUCCUCUGGACCUUUGGGGGAGCCCUUCUCAAGCAACAAAACGGGUGUCCGUCAAGGAUCUGAGGAGACCAUUUCUGUAGUGGAACCACUUCCUACCCCCAUGAAAGGACUAAAAAGGAAAGAGGACCAGGAACGCUCCCCAAGGAGACACUGCCAUGAGGCAGCAGAAGACUUGGACCCCCUGUCCCGAGGUGACCAUCCUCCAGAUAAACGACCCGUCCGCCUGAACAGACCCCGGGGAGGCACUUUGUUUGGUCGGACCAUACAGGAUGUCUUCAAAAGCAAUAAAGAAGUGGGUCGCCUGGGCAGCAAGGAAUCUAAAAAGGAAAGUGGCUUUGUGGGAUCUGGGGAAAGUGACCACAUGGCCAUGCCAGGAGGAGGUCAGUCUACCUUGGUACCUUCCCGGCUUCCAGCUAUGAAUAAAGAAGAAGAAACAGAAGGUAGAGAUGAAAAAGAAGAUUCUCUCAGGGGCACAUCUGCACGCCAAAGUAAAAGAAGCGAGAGCACAGACAGUCUCGGGGGCUUGUCUUCAUUAGAGUCCACAGCCAUCCAGUGCAAGAACAUCCCCGACUAUCUCAACGACAGGACCAUCCUGGAGAAUCACUUUGGCAAAAUUGCCAAAGUUCAGCGGAUCUUCACCAGGCGCAGCAAAAAGCUUGCAGUGAUACAUUUCUUUGAUCACGCAUCCGCAGCCCUGGCUAGGAAGAAGGGGAAAGGUCUGCAUAAGGACAUGGUUAUCUUUUGGCACAAGAAGAAAAUAAGUCCCAGCAAAAAACCUUUUUCCCUGAAGGAGAAGAAGCUUGGUGACGGCGAAGCCAGCCAAGGCAUAGAAGAUCCCCCCUUUCAGCAUUCCCCUCUUGGCAAGCCCAUAGUGAGGCCUGCAACUGGCAGCCUGCUCAAUAAAAGCUCUCCAGUGAAGAAACCAAGCCUUCUAAAGAUCCACCAGUGUGAGGCAGACCCUUUCGACUCUGGAUCCGAGGGCCCUGAGGGCCUGGGGUCAUGUGUGUCAUCGCUUAGCACCUUGAUAGGGACUGUGGCUGAGACAUCUGAAGAGAAGUACCGCCUCCUGGACCAGAGAGACCGAAUCAUGCGGCAAGCUCGGGUGAAGAGGACUGAUCUGGACAAAGCAAGGGCAUUUGUUGGCACAUGCCCUGACAUGUGUCCUGAGAAGGAGCGGUAUUUGCGGGAGACCCGGAGCCAGCUGAGUGUGUUUGAAGUAGUCCCAGGGACUGACCAGGUGGACCAUGCAGCAGCCGUGAAGGAGUAUAGCCGGUCCUCUGCAGAUCAGGAAGAGCCCCUGCCUCAUGAGCUGAGGCCCUCAGCAGUUCUCAGCAGGACCAUGGACUACCUGGUGACCCAGAUCAUGGACCAAAAAGAAGGCAGCCUUCGGGACUGGUAUGACUUCGUGUGGAACCGCACACGGGGCAUACGAAAGGACAUCACACAGCAGCACCUCUGUGAUCCCCUGACAGUAUCUCUGAUCGAGAAGUGUACCCGAUUUCAUAUCCAUUGUGCCCACUUCAUGUGUGAGGAGCCCAUGUCCUCCUUCGAUGCCAAGAUCAACAAUGAGAACAUGACCAAGUGUCUGCAGAGUCUGAAGGAGAUGUACCAGGACCUGAGGAACAAGGCUGUUUUCUGUGCCAGUGAGGCAGAGUUCCAGGGCUACAAUGUCCUGCUCAAUCUCAACAAAGGAGACAUUUUGAGAGAAGUGCAACAGUUCCACCCCGAUGUUAGGAACUCCCCAGAGGUGAAAUUUGCUGUCCAGGCUUUUGCUGCAUUGAACAGUAAUAAUUUUGUGAGAUUCUUCAAACUGGUCCAGUCAGCUUCUUACCUGAAUGCGUGCCUGUUACACUGUUACUUUCAUCAGAUCCGGAAGGACGCCCUUCGAGCACUCAAUGUUGCCUACACAGUGAGCACACAGCGCUCUACUGUCUUCCCCCUGGAUGGUGUUGUACGUAUGCUGUUGUUCAAAGAUUGUGAAGAGGCGACAACUUUCCUCAAUUACCAUGGCCUCACUGUAGCUGAUGGCUGUGUUGAGCUGAAUCGGUCGGCAUUCUUGGAACCAGAGGGAUUAUCUAAGGCUAAGAAGUCCGUGUUUAUUGCCCGGAAGCUGACUGUGUCAGUUGGAGAAGUCGUGAAUGGAGGGCCACUGCCUCCUGUACCUCGCCAUACACCGGUGUGCAGCUUUAACUCCCAGAAUAAAUACGUUGGAGAGAGCCUGGCUACAGAGCUGCCCAUCAGCACUCAGAGAUCUGGUUCAGAUACAGCAGGUGGUGGGAGAGGAGAGGAGCAUGAGGCAGAGGUGGAUGUGCCACCCUUGGCUCUCCUUCCACCUCCUCCUCCUGCACCCUCAUCCACAUCAGUGAUUCACGUUACGCCACUGGCCCCAGCUGCGGCAUCUGGCCUUUUCCAGUCCUCCAUGCAGGCUGAGCUGCUGCCUCCAAAGCCUGCACCUGUGUACUCUGAUUCGGACCUGGUGCAGGUGGUGGACGAGCUCAUCCAGGAGGCUCUUCAAGUGGACUGUGAGGAAGUCAGCACUGCUGGGGCGGCCUACGUAGCCGCAGCUCUGGGUGUUUCUAAUGCUGCUGUGGAGGAUCUGAUAACAGCUGCAACCACAGGCAUCUUGAGACAUGUUGCUGCUGAAGAAGUAUCCAUGGAAAGGCAGAGAAGAGAGGAAGAAAAGCAACGGGCUGAAGAGGAAAGGUUAAAGCAAGAGAGAGAACUGGUGUUAACUCAGCUGAGCGAGGGCCUGGCUGCAGAGCUGACAGAACUCAUGGUGACAGAGUGUGUGUGGGAGACCUGCUCCCAGGAGUUACAGAGUGCAGUAGAGACAGACCAGAAGGUCCGAAUAGCCCGCUGUUGUGAAGCUGUCUGUGCACACCUGGUGGAUUUGUUCCUUGCUGAGGAAAUUUUCCAGACUGCAAAAGAGACACUCCAGGAACUUCAGUGCUUCUGCAAGUAUUUACAACGGUGGAGGGAAGCUGUUGCAGCCCGGAAGAAACUCCGGCGUCAGAUGCGGGCCUUCCCUGCAGCACCAUGCUGUGUGGACAUGAAUGACCGGCUGCAGGCACUGGUGCCCAGUGCAGAGUGCCCCAUUGCUGAGGAGAACCUGACCAAGGGCCUCUUGGACCUGGGCCAUGCAGGGAAAGUAGGCAUUUCCUGUACCAGGUUGAGGCAGCUCAGAAGCAAGACAGCUCACCAGAUGAAGGUUCAGCACUUCCACCAGCGGCUGCUGAGCAAUGCUGCAUGGGCACCUCUGGACCUACCAUCCUUCGUGGCUGAGCAUCUCCCUGGGAAGCAUGAGCGAAUAUUUUGGAAACUGGUGCUGGUGCUGCCUGAUGGAGAAGAGCAGGUUGCAGAGAGCUCUGGCAGACUACUAGAAAAUUGGUUAAAGGUCAAGUUCACAGGAGAUGACAGCUUGGUGGAUGACACGCGUGAUAAUGCCGGUGAUAUCCAGACACUCACAGUUUAUAAUGCACUCAUUAGUAAAGGGGAUCAAAUGGUUUCUGUCAAUGUGUGUAUAAAGGUGGCCCACGGCACCCUUAGUGACAGUGCCCUUGAUGCUGUGGAGAUGCGGAAGGACCUGUUGGGAGCCAGUGGGCUCAUGCUGCUGCUUCCUCCCAAAGUGAAGACUGAGGAGGAGCUGUUCUGGCUGUCAGCUUUACUGCAGCUCAAGCAGCUCCUUCAGGCCAAGCCCUUCCAGCCUGCACUUCCACUGGUUGUUCUCACGCCCAGCUCCAGAGGAGACCCCACGGGAAAGGAAGUGGAGGACGGUCUGAUGUUACAGGAUUUGGUUUCAGCUAAGCUGAUUUCAGAUUACAUUGUUAUGGAGAUUCCCGAUUCUGUUAAUGAUUUACAAGGCACAGUGAAGGUUUCUGGAGCAGUUCAGUGGCUGCUCUCCCGAUGCCCUCAAACCCUAGACCUUUGCUGCCAGACCCUGAUUCAGUAUGUUGAGGAUGGGAUCAGCCGUGAGUUCAGUGGUCGGUUUUUCCAUGACAGAAGAGAAAGGCGGCUGGGUGGUCUGGCCUCCCAAGAGCCUAGCACCAUUAUUGAGUUGUUUAAUAGUGUGCUGCAGUUCCUGGCCUCUGUGGUGUCCUCUGAGCAGCUGUGCGACAUCUCCUGGCCUGUCACAGAGUUUGCUGAGGUGGGGGGUAGCCAGCUGCUUCCUCAUCUGCACUGGAACUCACCAGAGCAUCUAGCUUGGCUGAAGCAAGCUGUGCUUGGGUUCCAGCUUCCACAGAUGGACCUUCCACCUGCGGGGGCGCCCUGGCUCCCUGUGUGUUCCAUGGUCAUUCAAUAUACCUCACAGAUUCCCAGCUCACACCAGACACAGCCUGUCUUGCAGUCCCAAGUGGAGAACCUGCUGUGCAGAACCUACCAGAAGUGGAAGAGCAAGAACCUCUCUGCAGACCAGGAGUCAGGGCCUUCAGUUGCUGAGAUCCCGUGGGAUGACAUCAUCACCUUAUGCAUCAAUCACAAGCUGAGUGACUGGACACCCCCCAGGCUCCCCAUCACAGCAGAGGCACUGAGUGAAGAUGGUCAGAUAUGUGUAUAUUUUUUCAAAAAUCGUUUAAGGAAAUAUGAUGUUCCCUUGUCAUGGGAACAAGCCAGAAUACAGACACAGAGGGGACUGCAGCUGAGUCAAAGACGUUCCGGGACAAAGUCUUUUCAUCCGUCUCCAAGCAGUUUUCCUACUCCACUGCUCCACGUGCACCAUAAGGGGAAGAAAAAUGAGAGUGGUCGAGAGAGGACUCUGUGUACGGAGGAUCUGAUGCGUGGAGCGUCUGCGGAAGAGCUCCUGGCACAGUGUCUGUCCAGCAGUCUGCUGGAGGAGAAGGAAGAGAACAAAAGGUUUGAAGAUCAACUUCAGCAGUGGUUAUCUCAAGACUCACAGGCAUUCACAGAGUCAACUUGCCUUCCUCUCUACCUUCCUCAGACACUCAUAUCUUUCCCUGACACUAUCCAGACUCAGACUGUAGUGAAAACAUCGACGACAAGAAGUCCUCAGAAUGCAGGGGCAGGAGAGCAAUUGCAGUUCUCAGAGGUAUCAGACACGUCUCUGACUGGAAGGCUGAAGCACCUGGAAAGGCUGAUCCAAAGUUCAAGGGAAGAAGAAGUUGUCUCUGAGCUCCAUCUUUCUGCACUGCUGGACAUGGUGGACAUUUGAACAGUCUGACACGAGGAGUGUUGUUUUCUUUUUAAUGGUUUGUUUUUAUUCAAAUUAUGCUGUGCUCAGAUACUUGGUGUCCUGUGGAAAAUAUUACCAAUUAUGCAAAUAAACUAUUUGAAUCAUCUGAGAUCUUAGUUUUUGAAUGAAAGGCUGUAUGAUGUCUUUAAUAGUAUUUGUUUUGUGGUCUUAGACUGUCACUCCCCAGAAAAUACCCUGAGGAAGUUUUGUUUUGUUUUCUAUACAUAUACAUUUGGAAAAUUGCAUGUAUAAGUAUACUAUAUAAUACAUCAUUUCUGGAAUUCA